GCCCUUGUUGGCGAGACGUAGCAACGGUGCUGUUGCGCUGAUUUUGGUAGGAAGUCUUGGUAAGACUUCUGAAUCAAAAGGGAACGUUUCCCACAAAGGGAUUUUAAUUUUUUAUUCGUUUCACCUUUUGUUUUUGUCAAGAAAUGCAUCGUCAACGAUUUUCGUUUGCUUGAAAGCUGGUAUUUUGUUCCGAAUGGUUCCGUGCGUUUAAAAAAAAGGGGACGCAUGAAAAGUCCGAAGCCGAUUCGACCCAAAUUGUGUUGUAACCCCUUUUUCACUCGCACUUAAAUUCUUACUACCCCGCCAAGUGAACUGAUUCGUAUGAUCCAGAUUUCCAUCUGCGCUUCUAAAUCCAGCGCUAAGCAGAGAACCGUGAACCCCGUUUGUUUGUCAUGGUGUUGUCUUACAUUGCUGUUCAGGUAUAGUAAUUUGAUUUGUGUUGAAAGGAACACAGACGUUGUACAGUUUCGUGUCGGCGGUGAUGGGGUUAAUGAAAUCAACACAAAACUGCUGCGUGCACGCAUUUUACACCUAACCUCUGGAGUAAAAUGAUCUUUACGUGCGUGCCAAAAAAUGUCAGAUUCCUAACACCAAUAAUUCAAAUUUACUGCAACGACUGUAGAAUUAUUAACUAGACAGAGAAUGUAUUCUGCGCGAAUCGCUCCUGUAUUGGAAAUCACCUGACAGCCCACGAAAAUAUUGCUGGAGAAGGUGGUGAAAGUGAAAAAAAAAAGGCGAAGGGUGGGGAAAGUUAUUUAAUCUAUUAAUGAUGCAAAAAAAAUGUUACAUUUUGCAAUUCGUUUACUCUUCUGGGAGUACUUGUUUGAAAUAAAUCGGAAGGGCCAGUGUCCAAAGACUAUUAAAUAAACUGAAUACAUUCUGUCAUAUUACUGCGGUUUCGGAAUUUACUUCUGAAAGGUUGCACUUCCCGAUAGCCUGUGGUAUGACGCCGGUGAAAUAGGCUGCGUCAUCUCCGUGGAGUAAAUGGCCAAAAUUCAGAUUUCCGCGAAGAGUCCAGUCCUUGUCCUCCUUAACACACCGAGAAACGGGAAGUGUCCCCAGUUUACAGCCCGGCUAACCGUGAGACACCUCUGCGGACGCGACACCUCGCUUCUAAAUAGCAGGAAGGGCUUAUUUACGCAGGUUGUCAGGCUCAUGGGCGGUUCUUGCCAAAAGAUAGGUAGUCGGAGGUGCUCUGUAGGUGGUUUGGGAGUCUACCCGUGUACUUACUGCAUCGGCGCAGCCUGUCUCAUAUCCUCGGCUCUCGGUUGCGAUUAAAACCAAAGCACCGCGGUUUCUGGGCAGGAGAGGUGACGCCGAACAAGUAGCCCGAUUGCUGGUACAGGAAUGCCGAGGUAGUGUUUCAGAAUUUCUCGAGUUGCUGGGCUUGCCGAGAGGAACCAGGCAAGAAUUCAGCAUGUCCGCCAUGAGUCCUGAUGAGCAAGAGGAUGUGGCACUUCGGAUCCUGACCACCUGCAAACUGUGCCUUAGCAUGUAUCCUUCCACUGAGAUGAGCAGGCUUCACAUGUGCGACUGCAUCUUCUGUACUCCGUGCCUGCAGCAGUACGUGCUGUUCGCCAUCGGAGGGGGCUGUGGAGCACCAGUCACCUGCCCAGACAUGGCCUGUCGGGAGAAGGGGGUGCUUCUGGAUUCUGAGAUUGCCUGUUUUGCCCCUUCAGAUAAAGUCCAGCUUUAUCAACGACUGAAAUAUGAAAGAGGGGUGCAGCUGGAUCCCAGUAAGACCUGGUGUCCUGUCUUGAAGUGCCAAGCAGCCUGCAGUGUUGACCCACGCAGUGACGGCCAGCCGGGGUCUGUGCUCUGCCCGGCCUGUCGCACGGUAUUUUGUUCAGUGUGUAAGAGUGACUGGCGUCAGGGGCAUUCCUGUUCCAAAAGCCAGCCGCUGAAACGGCCUUCCUUUGAUAAUGGCAUCCAGGUCAGCGAUGAAGCAGACUCUCCCAUCAAGCAGUGUCCCGGGUGUGCCGUGUACAUAGAGCGAAACCAAGGAUGUGCACAAAUGCUGUGCAAGAACUGCAAGCACACCUUCUGUUGGUACUGUCUGGAGUGUUUAGAUGGUGACAUAUUUCUGAGACAUUACGAUAAAGGCCCAUGCAGGAAUAAACUUGGGCACUCCAGAGCCUCAGUGAUGUGGAAUCGAACACAGGUGGUGGGUAUCCUGGUGGGCGUGAGCAUAAUAGUGCUGGUAACUUCCCCUCUCCUUGUCCUUGCCUCUCCUUGUAUAAUCUGCUGCAUCUGUAAGUCCUGUCGAGGCAAGAAGAAAAAGAAAGAGACCCGGCCUGAUACAAAAAUCUAGUUUUUGCUUUUUUUUUUAAAAAAAAAAAGUGCCUUUCCCUGGUUUAAUACCAGCCCUGUCCUGAAGAGUACACAGGUGCCUGUGAUUAAUGUGCCUGUACUUUGGUUCAAAUUUACUGCGUAUUUUUAUAAUAAAAAAAAAGAAAACGGCAAAAAAAAAAAGCUUGUACCUCCUGUUAAAAAGGUAUUCUAAUUCGGUGUUGGAAUGAUUCUAAUGCAUAAAUAAUACUACUAUUAUUUUACUAAUAUUUAAAACAUUUGAGAAGUGUGGAUUAUCUUACGUGAUAUCAUGGGGUUGGUCAUAAAUUAUGUCAACUGCAGUACUGGUCUCUUUAUAUACAGGUUUUAUAGUAACGACCAAGGAACUUAAAGGAAUUAAUUGUACCUUCCUGUCAUGAAUUUCGCCCUAGUUUCAUAUCCUAUUAUGUGUUAGACUAUUGUAUCCCUUGGUAGGGAAAAAAAAAUAUUAAGCUAGUUCCUGAACUCACCUCUUUAAACACUGCGGAUGGGUCAGGCAGUCUUAUUGAGGCUUCUCCCCUUGUAUGUCAAGAGGAUGGAAGCUGAGAUUUCUUCUUUUAACUCUUGGAGAUUCAUACCUGCACACACUGACUCCUUCACAGAUUGGUAUUUCACAUAGCACUUUGACAAAUGGACGAAAUCCACAUUUUCUUGCGGGUUACGAUGUGCCAAAAUGGCUUUGGAAAGUGUACUAGAUAGCAGAAGGGUUUAGCUGGGUUUAACAGGCAGGACAUGGAAAGCCUUCCUGCGUUACAUUUUUUUUUUUACAUUCUGUAUCCUGUACAAACCAAAGGGGUUAGAUUUUCAGCUUGUACCAUGUACAUAAUCUUAUUUAUGAAUGUAUUAUGUUUUGUUUAUACUGUUUUUCUGCCAACGGUCAAUUAAAAACUAAAACAAUUCCCAGAAACUUCA